UGACGCGUUUCCGCAGGGAGGCCACUGGAGGGGGCCGAGGGAGGGGCCCCGUGUGGGGGCUGCGGUUUAAGUGAUGAGUGCGUGACACAUUGGCCACCAGCCCUGCAUUGCCACCGCCACCACCACCUCAUCCUCAUCCUCCUCCUGCUGCUGCUGAGCAGAGAGCAUCAGCUCACUACACACUCGCACCACCGAGUGCCCCCCCUCGCUGCCACCGUCACUCCCCCCAGCGAUGGCUGCGCUGCGCACGCUCGCCCUCCGCCGCGCGGCUGGGGCCCUGGGAGCCGCCCCGCUGCACGGGCCGGCCUCGUCCCGCCAUAGCGGCCAAGCCGGCGUCUCCUCCUCCCCCUCCUCGUCCGCGUCAUCAUCGGCGAGCGCCGGAGACUACUACGACGUGCUGGUGAUCGGCGGAGGCACGGGCGGCAUCACGAUGGCCGCCCGCAUGCGGCGCAAGCUGGGGUCCUCGGGCAAGGUGGCCGUCAUGGAGCCGAGCGAGAUGCACUACUACCAGCCCAUGUGGACGCUGGUGGGUGCCGGUGCGAAACGCUUCGGGCAGUCGGGCCGCUCCACAGCUUCGGUGAUACCCAGUGGAGUGAGCUGGCUGCAGGAGCGCGUCGGCACCUUUGAGCCCGAACAAAACCGUGUGCGCACUGUCAGCGGGGCGCAGAUCAACUACAAGUAUCUGAUUGUGGCAAUGGGUAUUCAACUCAACUAUGAGCAGGUGCGAGGGCUCCCCGAAGCGUUCGAGGAGGCGGGAGUCGGCUCCAACUACUCACGCCACUACGUGGACAAGACGUGGCGCGCGCUGCAGGACUUUCGCGAGGGAAACGCGAUCUUCACGCUGCCCAACACCCCCAUCAAGUGCGCCGGCGCCCCCCAGAAAAUCAUGUACCUGGCCGACGACUACAUGCGCAAGACGGGCAAGCGAGACAAGGCGAACUUCCAUUUCUGCACAUCUCUGGCCGUGAUGUUCGGCGUGAAGAAGUACGCGGAUGUGCUCACCAAGAUCGCCGCCAAGCGCAACAUCGCCGUGAACUUCCGCCACAACCUGGUGGAGGUUCGCGCCGACCGGCGGGAGGCCGUCUUCGAGAAGCUCGACCAGCCGGGCGAGACCGUCACACUCGAGUACAACCUGCUGCACGUGACGCCGCCCAUGGGCCCCGUGAACGUGCUCAAGGGCAGCGCGGUGGCGGACGCCGCCGGCUGGGUGGACGUCGACAAGGGCACGCUGCAGCACAAGCGCUACCCCAACGUGUUCGGCAUCGGAGACUGCACCAACAUCCCCACCUCUAAAACGGCCGCUGCCAUCGCUGCCCAAUCGGCCGUACUGGACAAAACAAUCUCGAGGGUGAUGAAGGGCAAGGCCAUCUCGCACGCGUACGAUGGCUACACGUCGUGCCCGCUCGUCACGAGCUACAAGACGUGUGUGCUCGCCGAGUUCGACUUCAACGGGCAGCCCCUCGAAACGUUCCCCUUCGACCAGGGCAAGGAGCGGCGCACCAUGUACCACCUCAAGGCCGACGUCAUGCCACCACUCUACUGGCACGGCCUGCUUAAGGGUUUGUGGGGUGGACCAGGGAUUUACCGCAAAAUUAUGCACCUGGGCUUCAAGUGAAAAUCUUACCCAUGAUACACUGCGUCGCCAACCCCCUCUACGACCCCUUCCCUCCGUCAAAUCACGUCACUACUUGAGCGAGUUAAAAUGGCCACUUGUUGUGGUCCUUCCUCUCAUGAGAGUGAGUUUUUAGUUUUAUUGCCAGAUCUCGCGUUGUCUCCCAUUUUGCGUUUUCCACGUGAGUAAACUUGUUUCUUGUCUUGUCGCGUUGACGCCGCACAAAGUUUUGAGGUUCGCACAGAUGGGUUGCUCGGUAUGGUCACGUAUGUGACAGUCUUUGCCUAGAAUGACAGCCUUCAUUUGUACACGGCUCCCGAGUGCAGCUGAUCACGUAGAACAAAUUCCGAGCAUUUAAAUCGGAAGUGAAUUCACCUCGACUUGAAACCUGGCUUUUUAUGUUCUCACGUGACAAUUGUCGCUUGUUACAGGAAGCCAGGCAUGGGGAUGCCAGCUCACCUUUUCGGGACGCAUCAACGAUUGCAAUGUGGCCAUAUAACAAAAGUUAAUUUCAACAGCUGUUCAAUGUGGUUUCUUUGCAUUGCUUACAUGUCAAGUAUUGGACCAUGAGUAAUACUUGCCAAAUCAGACAUUAAUCAUCCCCGAAUAAUGAUGAGACUUACAAUUAUCCACACCUAUGAAAAGGAGAUGCUUUUAGGGAGUGAGGAGAUAAGGAAGGAGAGCAGCUUCUGCUUUCGUGUGGGAUUAUACAAAUCAGCAAUCAUUGCCCCACUACUGGCCCACUUAACUUCCCAAGUCACUCCUGCAUAUGAGACUCGUCCUGGUCUCUGUGAAUUCUCGCUCUAGUUAAACAAAUGCAACAUAACUUCCCAGAUGUUAUCGGACGGCUUUAGUUGCCCCCCGUUUUGAGAUAGGUAAAUAUCCUCCUCCCCAUCUCCCGGAGUUAACACUGAUCUUCAGCACCGUUAUUGGGACUCACUGCACUGCAAACACAUCUCGCAUAGACACUAUAUUUUUGCAUUAAGGGAGAAAUUUGUAAUAAUGUUUCUUUUUUUAUUGUUUAAAAUGAAAAUGCAUAGACGGUUACGUUUGUGCGUGUUUGAAUCGUCGGCAGCUGCCGCCACUGUGAUGUUACUGAUGGCAAUGGUAAUAACGACGACAGCUGUCUUUGGGAAGUAACACAAUAAAAUUUGCUUGUGGAGUGACUUUAA